AUGACGAUGAUGGCCAUGGCCAAGGCGCCCUGCCUCUGCGCGCGCCCGUCCCUCGCCGCGCGCACGAGGCGGCCGGGGCCGGGGCCGGCGCCGCGCCUGCGACGGUGGCGGCCCAAUGCGACGGCGGGGAAGGGGGUCGGCGAGGUCUGCGCCGCGGUUGUCGAGGUGGCGACGAAGGCCGAGGAUGAGGGGGAGGAGGACGAGCCGGUGGCGGAGGACAGGUACGCGCUCGGCGGCGCGUGCAGGGUGCUCGCCGGAAUGCCCACGCCGCUGGGCGCCACCGCGCUCGCCGGCGGGGUCAAUUUCGCCGUCUACUCCGGCGGAGCCACAGCCGCGGCGCUCUGCCUCUUCACGCCAGAAGAUCUCAAGGCGGAUAGGGUGACGGAGGAGGUUCCCCUUGACCCCCUGAUGAAUCGGACUGGGAACGUAUGGCAUGUCUUCAUCGAAGGCGAGCUGCAGGACAUGCUUUACGGGUACAGGUUCGACGGCACCUUUGCUCCUCACUGCGGGCACUACCUUGAUGUUUCCAAUGUCGUGGUGGAUCCUUAUGCUAAGGCAGUGAUAAGCCGAGGGGAGUAUGGUGUUCCGGCGCGUGGUAACAAUUGCUGGCCUCAGAUGGCUGGCAUGAUCCCUCUUCCAUAUAGCACGUUUGAUUGGGAAGGCGACCUACCUCUAAGAUAUCCUCAAAAGGACCUGGUAAUAUAUGAGAUGCACUUGCGUGGAUUCACGAAGCAUGAUUCAAGCAAUGUAGAACAUCCCGGUACUUUCAUUGGGGCUGUGUCGAAGCUUGACUAUUUGAAGGAGCUUGGAGUUAAUUGUAUUGAGUUAAUGCCCUGCCAUGAGUUCAACGAGCUGGAGUACUCAACCUCUUCUUCCAAGAUGAACUUUUGGGGAUAUUCUACCAUAAACUUCUUUUCACCAAUGACGAGAUACACAUCAGGCGGGAUAAAAAACUGUGGGCGUGAUGCCAUAAAUGAGUUCAAAACUUUUGUAAGAGAGGCUCACAAACGGGGAAUUGAGGUGAUCCUGGAUGUUGUCUUCAACCAUACAGCUGAGGGUAAUGAGAAUGGUCCAAUAUUAUCAUUUAGGGGGGUCGAUAAUACUACAUACUAUAUGCUUGCACCCAAGGGAGAGUUUUAUAACUAUUCUGGCUGUGGGAAUACCUUCAACUGUAAUCAUCCUGUGGUUCGUCAAUUCAUUGUAGAUUGUUUAAGAUACUGGGUGACGGAAAUGCAUGUUGAUGGUUUUCGUUUUGAUCUUGCAUCCAUAAUGACCAGAGGUUCCAGUCUGUGGGAUCCAGUUAACGUGUAUGGAGCUCCAAUAGAAGGUGACAUGAUCACAACAGGGACACCUCUUGUUACUCCACCACUUAUUGACAUGAUCAGCAAUGACCCAAUUCUUGGAGGCGUCAAGCUCGUUGCUGAAGCAUGGGAUGCAGGAGGCCUCUAUCAAGUAGGUCAAUUCCCUCACUGGAAUGUUUGGUCUGAGUGGAAUGGGAAGUACCGGGACAUUGUGCGUCAAUUCAUUAAAGGCACUGAUGGAUUUGCUGGUGGUUUUGCCGAAUGUCUUUGUGGAAGUCCACACCUAUACCAGGCAGGAGGAAGGAAACCUUGGCACAGUAUCAACUUUGUAUGUGCACACGAUGGAUUUACACUGGCUGAUUUGGUAACAUAUAAUAACAAGUACAAUUUACCAAAUGGGGAGAACAACAGAGAUGGAGAAAAUCACAAUCUUAGCUGGAAUUGUGGGGAGGGAGUUCCAAUGUUUUAUAUGGGCGAUGAGUAUGGCCACACAAAAGGGGGCAACAACAAUACAUACUGCCAUGAUUCUUAUGUCAAUUAUUUUCGCUGGGAUAAAAAAGAACAAUACUCUGACUUGCACCGAUUCUGUUGCCUCAUGACCAAAUUCCGCAAGGAGUGCGAGGGUCUUGGCCUUGAGGAUUUUCCAACGGCCGAACGGCUGCAGUGGCAUGGUCAUCAGCCUGGGAAGCCUGAUUGGUCUGAGAAUAGCCGAUUCGUUGCCUUUUCCAUGAAAGAUGAAAGACAGGGCGAGAUCUAUGUGGCCUUCAACACCAGCCACUUACCGGCCGUUGUUGAGCUCCCGGAGCGCACAGGGCGCCGGUGGGAACCGGUGGUGGACACAGGCAAGCCAGCACCAUACGACUUCCUCACUGACGACUUACCUGAUCGCGCUCUCACCAUACACCAGUUCUCUCAUUUCCUCAACUCCAACCUCUACCCCAUGCUCAGCUACUCAUCGGUCAUCCUAGUAUUGCGCCCUGAUGUUUGA